AUGGAGGGGACAGAGCGGGAAUACAGAGGGGACGGGCACCGCUACAGCGACAAGGACGUGUGGAAGCCGGAGCCGUGCCGGAUCUGCGUGUGCGACACGGGGACGGUGCUGUGCGACGAGAUCAUGUGCGAGGAGCUGCGGGACUGCCCCAGCCCCGAGAUCCCCUUCGGAGAGUGCUGCCCCAUUUGCCCCAGCGAGCAGCCCAGCGGUUGGAAGCCUGGCCCCAAGGGACAGAAAGGUGAACCCGGUGACAUCAAAGAUGUCGUAGGACCCCGAGGACCCCCGGGCCCGCAGGGCCCCGCAGGUGAGCAGGGACAGCGAGGGGACCGCGGCGAGAAGGGCGAGAAGAACUUCGCGGCUCAGAUGGCUGGGGGCUUCGACGAGAAGGCUGGAGGGGCUCAGAUGGGCGUCAUGCAGGGACCCAUGGGCCCCAUGGGACCCCGCGGCCCCCCCGGCCCCUCCGGCUCCCCCGGUCCCCAAGGAUUCCAAGGCAACCCCGGUGAGCCCGGCGAGCCAGGCGCUGCUGGUCCGAUGGGUCCCCGGGGACCUCCGGGACCUCCUGGCAAACCCGGCGACGAUGGCGAGACCGGCAAACCCGGGAAAUCCGGCGAGCGCGGCCCCCCCGGCCCCCAGGGCGCUCGUGGCUUCCCCGGGACCCCCGGCCUGCCUGGAGUCAAAGGCCACCGGGGCUACCCCGGCCUGGACGGCGCCAAGGGAGAGGCGGGAGCACCUGGAGCCAAGGGCGAGUCCGGCUCCCCGGGCGAGAACGGCUCCCCCGGCCCCAUGGGUCCCCGCGGGCUGCCCGGAGAGCGAGGACGCCCCGGCCCCUCGGGCGCUGCGGGCGCUCGUGGCAACGAUGGCCUCCCGGGUCCGGCCGGACCCCCCGGUCCCGUCGGGCCCGCAGGAGCCCCCGGCUUCCCCGGCGCCCCCGGCUCCAAGGGUGAAGCGGGUCCCACCGGAGCGCGAGGACCCGAGGGUGCCCAGGGACCCCGCGGGGAAUCCGGGACCCCCGGCUCGCCCGGCCCCGCCGGCGCCCCCGGGAACCCAGGGACCGACGGCAUCCCCGGAGCGAAGGGAUCGGCGGGCGCUCCAGGCAUCGCCGGCGCUCCAGGAUUCCCCGGCCCCCGCGGCCCACCCGGACCCCAGGGAGCCACCGGCCCGCUGGGCCCCAAGGGACAGACGGGCGAGCCCGGCAUCGCGGGAUUCAAAGGCGAGCAGGGACCCAAGGGAGAGACGGGCCCCGCAGGACCCCAGGGUGCCCCCGGACCGGCCGGGGAGGAAGGGAAGAGAGGAGCCCGCGGAGAACCCGGAGCUGCCGGACCUUUGGGGCCACCUGGAGAGAGGGGAGCUCCCGGCAACCGCGGAUUCCCCGGGCAGGACGGGCUGGCCGGCCCCAAGGGGGCCCCGGGCGAGCGCGGCCCCGCCGGCCUGGCCGGCCCCAAAGGAGCCACCGGCGACCCCGGACGCCCCGGAGAGCCCGGCCUGCCUGGAGCCAGGGGUCUCACAGGUCGCCCCGGGGACGCUGGGCCCCAAGGCAAAGUCGGCCCCACAGGUGCCCCUGGCGAGGACGGACGUCCCGGACCCCCCGGCCCCCAGGGGGCUCGGGGCCAGCCUGGCGUGAUGGGGUUCCCUGGUCCCAAAGGUGCCAAUGGUGAGCCUGGAAAAGCUGGUGAAAAAGGACUUCCUGGAGCACCGGGGCUGAGGGGACUUCCUGGCAAGGACGGAGAGACCGGAGCCGCCGGACCCCCAGGACCUGCUGGCCCGGCAGGGGAGAGGGGAGAGCAAGGAGCCCCCGGCCCCUCCGGCUUCCAGGGACUGCCAGGGCCACCAGGUCCCCCCGGUGAGAGCGGCAAGCCCGGAGAUCAGGGCGUUCCUGGAGAAGCCGGAGCCCCCGGGCUUGUGGGUCCCAGGGGCGAGCGCGGCUUCCCCGGCGAGCGCGGCUCUCCCGGCGCCCAGGGCCUGCAGGGCCCCCGCGGCCUCCCCGGCACCCCCGGCACCGACGGACCCAAGGGUGCCACCGGCCCCGCCGGCCCUAACGGCGCCCAGGGACCCCCGGGGCUGCAGGGGAUGCCCGGGGAGAGAGGAGCCGCUGGCAUCGCCGGUCCCAAGGGGGACAGGGGAGACGUUGGAGAGAAGGGACCCGAGGGAGCGCCCGGAAAGGACGGAGCUCGAGGUCUGACGGGUCCCAUCGGCCCCCCUGGCCCCGCGGACCCCAACGGCGAGAAGGGCGAGUCCGGCCCCCCCGGCCCGUCCGGAGCCGCCGGUGCCCGCGGUGCCCCCGGAGAGCGCGGAGAGCCCGGAGCCCCCGGCCCUGCCGGAUUCGCCGGACCCCCGGGCGCCGAUGGCCAGCCCGGAGCCAAGGGCGAGCAGGGGGAGCCCGGCCAGAAGGGUGACGCCGGAGCCCCCGGGCCUCAGGGUCCUUCCGGGGCUCCUGGACCACAGGGUCCCACAGGUGUCACCGGUCCCAAAGGAGCCCGGGGUGCCCAGGGACCCCCGGUGAGUGGGGGGGAGGGGAUGGGGCUGGGAUCACUGGGGGAACUGGGUAACCCUGGCCCACCCGGACCCCCCGGCUCCGCGGGCAAGGACGGCCCCAAGGGCGCCCGGGGCGACGCGGGACCCCCGGGCCGAGCGGGGGACCCGGGGCUGCAGGGCCCCGCCGGCCCCCCCGGAGAGAAGGGCGAGCCCGGCGAGGACGGCCCAGCGGGUCCGGACGGUCCCCCCGGUCCCCAGGGGCUGGCAGGACAGCGCGGCAUCGUGGGGCUGCCGGGGCAGCGCGGCGAGCGCGGCUUCCCAGGGCUGCCCGGACCCUCGGGAGAGCCUGGAAAACAGGGAGCACCUGGAUCUGCCGGCGACCGGGGACCCCCCGGGCCCGUGGGACCCCCCGGGCUGACGGGGCCAGCUGGAGAGCCUGGCAGGGAGGGAAGUCCCGGCUCUGAUGGACCCCCGGGCAGGGAUGGGGCAGCAGGAGUGAAGGGUGAUCGUGGCGAGACCGGCCCCGUGGGUGCUCCCGGUGCUCCCGGCGCUCCCGGCGCUCCGGGCCCCGUGGGACCCACUGGAAAACAGGGAGACAGGGGAGAGACGGGUGCUCAGGGUCCCAUGGGUCCCUCCGGCCCCGCCGGCGCCCGGGGAAUGCCGGGUCCCCAGGGGCCGCGCGGUGACAAAGGCGAGGCGGGCGAGGCUGGAGAGCGCGGCCUGAAGGGGCACCGGGGCUUCACCGGGCUCCAGGGGCUGCCCGGGCCCCCCGGUCCUUCUGGAGACCAGGGUGCUGCCGGGCCCGCGGGUCCCUCCGGGCCCAGGGGUCCCCCUGGCCCCGUGGGCCCUUCAGGCAAGGACGGCUCCAAUGGAAUGCCCGGGCCCAUCGGCCCCCCUGGACCCCGCGGGAGGAGUGGCGAGCCCGGCCCGGCGGGCCCCCCCGGCAACCCCGGCCCACCCGGCCCCCCCGGGCCCCCCGGCACCGGCAUCGACAUGUCGGCGUUCGCGGGGCUGGGGCAGCCCGAGAAGGGCCCCGACCCCGGGCGCUACAUGCGGGCAGACGAGGCGGCGCCGGGGCUGCGGCCGCACGACGCCGAGGUGGACGCCACCCUCAAGGCCCUCAACAACCAGAUCGAGAGCAUCCGCAGCCCCGAGGGCUCCCGCAAGAACCCAGCCAGGACCUGCCGAGACAUCAAACUCUGCCACCCCGACUGGAAGAGCGGCGAUUACUGGAUCGCCCCCAACCAGGGCUGCACCCUGGAUGCCAUCAAGGUCUUCUGCAACAUGGCCACGGGGGAGACGUGCGUGUACCCCAGCCCCGGCAGCAUCCCCAGGAAGAACUGGUGGAGCAGCAAGGCCAAGGAGAAGAAGCACGUCUGGUUCGCCGAGACCAUCAACGGCGGCUUCCACUUCAGCUACGGCGCUGAGGAGCUGGCGCCCAACACGGCCAACAUCCAGAUGACCUUCCUGAGGCUGCUGUCCACCGAGGGCUCCCAGAAUGUCACCUACCACUGCCGCAACAGCGUGGCCUACCUGGACGAGGAGUCGGGCAGCCUGAGGAAGGCUCUGCUCAUCCAGGGCUCCAACGACGUGGAGAUCCGCGCCGAGGGCAACAGCAGGUUCACCUACAGCGUGCUGGAGGACGGCUGCACGAAACACACCGGGAAGUGGGGCAGGACUGUCAUCGAGUACCGCUCGCAGAAGACCUCGCGCCUGCCCAUCGUGGACAUUGCACCUAUGGACAUUGGGGGACCCGAGCAGGAGUUUGGGGUCGACCUCGGCCCCGUCUGCUUCUUGUAAAAAAAAAAGGAUUUUUUUGGUGUGGUUGUUUGUUUUUGGUUGUCGUGGUUUUUGUUUGUUGGUUUGGUUUUUGUUUUGUUUUGUUUUUUUUUAAAAAGCCCAGCCCGAUUCCUUUAAAAAAGAGAAAAAAAAAAAAACCACAAAAAACGGGAUCCAUCCCAAAAAGGAGCUGAGAAGUUCUGCACUGAAAGGGCUCACCCCGAAUCAGGGAGCAACCACCUCAUCCCAACACCAGAAUCAAAGGAAAAACCCGUUAAUAUUUAUUUAUUCUCUUCCUGGAAGACCUGUUUUUGAGGUCACGUGGAGGUGGGAAUGUCAGUGAUCCCUUUUUCCCUGAAAAAAUUGGGAUCUCACCAAUCCAGGUAUCAAAAAUCCCCUCCUCACCCCAAAUUUUCCCCUUUCCCCCCAGCAGGAGUGUUCAUGUAUAAUAUGAGUUUAAAAACACACAA